GGCACACACAAGCAUACACACGUGCACAGGAGCAUACACACGCGCAUGCUCAUUUACACUAUACAUGCAUGUCUCUACAGAGUACAGUAUAAUGAAUAAGAUGUAUGCCUAUCCUCAGUUCACACACAAAACAUAUAUACAGGAAUACUUACGUAUAUCCAUGUACUGUUUUCAAAAUAUUUGGGUUUUAUUGGGCAUUUGAGUUUGACAUUUGAGGUUUGCAAUUGAUAUCUGAUGCAAAGGCAAUUUUUGCUGGAAGGGAAUAGAUAGAUUAGAGAAAUUUGUCAUAUUUAUGCAAAGUUGUUAAAGUUCUAAACAAGAUUCAUUCUGCUACCUUUACAGAAAAAAAUAAAAAAAGAGAGAAAAGAAUAUCGAUUACAAAAGUGCCAGAUUGAAUAAUAGAAAAAAGGAGAGCAAGAGGAGGUUAGACAGGUAAAAAGCACCAUAGAUGGAGGAUAUCAGAGAUUUUGCGGUGCUGCCAUCAUGCCAAAGUCGUCAGUCUUUGUGAGAUUGAACUGGCCAUCAAAGAACAGUGAGACGUCUCAAGAUGAAGUCGAAUUGUCUCCGUGUCAAGAUGUUUCCAAGACCCAUCCUCUGCAUGCUGAAAGAGAGGCAGUGGAAGUGUGUCAGAAGGGAGAGAAGCCAGUACAGUCAAAUAGUCCUUUAAAAUGUGAACAUAUUGCAAGCGAAGACUGUAAACAAAUAGGUCAGGGAAUUAAGCUCAAGGGACUGUCAUCUGAGAAGGAAAAAUUGGUUAAGCAUCCAGGCAGUGGUUCCAUAAAAGUCCCUUCAAAAUGUAAUACAGAGCAUAAUGAGGCUCCCUCCAGUAGUAAAGUGGGCACACCCAUGCUUGAUACAAGUCAUAGUCUAGACUCCCCACUUUGGUCUGGAGCAAAAAAAGGGGAACUUAGUGAAUAUAAAGGUGCUGAAACUCCUUCUGGGUUGCAGACUAAGACAUCUGGAGGCUCUGUUAAGGAAGGAAAUGGGAAUGGUAAAACACACAAGCCUAAAACCAAGCCAAAACCCAGGAGUUUGGGGAAAGGGCGGAAAAUUACUCGAUCUUUAAGCGCUUCUUGUGUCAGUGUCAGCACCAACACUGAUCCCAAGGAUUUCUUAGAGUUAGCAAGUGUUGCAAGUGCCACACUUCCAUCAAGAAGACGUUUCAAAGAGCCCACUGAAGCACCUCCUGGAGAAUCAGAAAAAGUAUCACAGGACACUACUUCAACUCUGGAAACCGCCACAAAGGAUGAAAACUCUCAGAGUAAAGAGACAAUUCAAGGUAAUGUGGAAGACUUGUCUAAGGAACCAAAUAAGAAACAAAGUCCUGAGCUUCAAAACCAAAAACCAAACACAGAUGUCCAGGGUCUGAAAACAGAAAAACAUGAGGAGAAGGAAUCUAAAGACAGAAACACUAAAAACCAAAGUAAUAUUGAUACCAUCACUGCAAAGAAAGAUAAUAAUGAAGAAACUGAGCAGAUACCUGAUAUUGACUUAGAAAAAGGUUACAUAGAACUACCUAGUUAUGUGCCCAAAGAACCUACCAAAAAGUGUGUAUUGCCAGAUGAUAGUAAUUCAGUGUCUUUACUGCCUCUCCACCACACAAGAACUGUUGAGGAGAUGUGUAACUCAGAAUAUUUGCAUCCAAGUUAUUUUUACAAAAAUUCCCCACAAGUUAUGAGCAAUAUGGUAACUGAAGAACCAAUAAAGUGCAAUUCCCCAGAGCUGGUCAGAGACGAUAAAAUUCCUGUUGGAGUAACUCCUCCUCCAGACACCUGUGUUGUACCCCUUUCAGUUUAUCCAACAGACUUUACUGAUAUUCCACCAAUUGUGCUGCCUUCAUAUAAUCAGGUGAACUUUGUUAAACCAACAUUCCAACCACCAGAUGUUCAGGAGGAAAAACUGGAUCUUCUCUAUCCAUCAUUGGUAGACAGUGAUUGUACAGCUCUUUACAAUGGGCUAGGGAGAAAUUACCCAAACCAGAGAGUAGCUGGCCCAGUUGGGGAAUAUGAUCAUUUUGCUUAUCCAAUGCACUGGUCACCAUUACCUGUAAGAGCAGCUUCACCUCAAAGAAGGCAGAAACUUGAUAAAGAUAUAUCUGUUGAGUCAUGUCCUGAUGUGGUUCUGCAGACUUUGGAAAGUGAGGGGUCACUCCAACAGAAUAAGCCUGUGAAGAAGACGGUAACAUUUCUGCUGCCACCUGAGCACUGGGAUUCUCUUAUCUCACUGAGAGAAAGUAACAUUGGUGGGUAUCCUCAAAGUGGUUACGCAGAAUUAGAUGGUGCGCUCCUGCCACCAAAUGGGCAAGAUCCUUACCGCAACACUCCAUCACCAGGACUGCAUGGUCUCCCACAGGACCGAUAUGAUGGUGGCCUUGAAGGGGAAGGCCAUGCGGGGGAUUACCCUGAAGAUGGCAGGUAUCCUGCAGCUGAAAGUGCCAUGGUAUACCCUCCUGAAGGGGUUGUAUAUGGGCGGCUUUUAGGGGCCCCUCGCUCGCCGUACACCAUCAACGGCAGUGUCGGGGCGAGUGCCGAGCCUCUUUUACCCUCACCUGGCAUGUACGACGAGGAACCCCCUCACGUGCAGCACCCCGCACCUCUCCCGCACAUGUCACCACCAACCCCCUCACUUCCACCUCCACCAAUCCAAAACCACGACAAUUAUGCACACCCCAAUCUGCUGCGGUCCCCCUCUGCAGACAGCGGUGCGCCCAGAGUUCGGUGGCGAGACCCAGACCUUCACGAAGUAAUAGAUUUCCUGAGCAACCCUAACAAUGUAGUGAAAGCCAAUGCAGCAGCCUAUCUCCAACACCUGUGCUACAUGGACGACCCAACUAAACAGAAGACCCGCAUUCUGGGUGGCAUCCCUCCCUUAGUGGCCCUCCUCACUCAUGACCUUCCUGAACUACACCGUAAUGCUUGCGGAGCGCUACGGAAUCUGUCAUAUGGACGGCAGAACGAUGAGAACAAGAGAGCCAUCCGAGAUGCCUCUGGCAUUCCCUCACUAGUCAGGCUUUUACGGAAAACUCCAGACAACGAAGUGAAAGAGCUAGUAACAGGCAUUCUCUGGAACUUGUCUUCUUGUGAAGAUUUGAAGCAUAACAUUAUAGAUGAUGCUCUGACUGUUAUUGUGAGUCAUGUGAUCAUUCCUUGCUCGGGCUGGGAUGGCGGGGAUGUUGAACGGGAUCCCAAUGUGGAUGUGUGGUGGUCUACUGUUUUUAAAAAUGCGUCGGGUGUUUUAAGGAAUAUAAGUUCUGCUGGAGAAUACGCGCGAACGAAGUUACGUCAGUGUAAUGGUCUAGUGGACUCACUACUCACGGUUAUUAAGUCUGCCAUCCAGGGAUCAUCCCACGAUAACAAGAGUGUCGAGAACUGUGUUUGCAUCCUGCGGAAUCUUUCCUAUCGCUGCCAAGAAGUUGAGGACCCUAACUAUGACAAGAACCAGCCUCCAACUCAGUCUCGGGCCACAGCCACAGCGAAGGACGGAGAAGGGGAAGGGACGGACACAUGUGGUAGGUCUUCGGAGCCCAAGGACAACCUGUGUAAGCCUUCUAGUCUUCUUAUCACCAUCCUCUUUUUUCCCCUCUCUUCCAAAAAAAAAAAAAAAGGAUACAUUUAUGUUUCAUCUGGUUACUCUUUCGUGACCACAGAGCUACAGCCUUUCAUGGCCCAUUGGGAUAAGUUAGGUGUCUUGUCAUUGACAGACCCUGUUACCCAUGAUAAUGUGGUUGAUGCACUAUUUAUGCAAAUUGUCUGCACAUUUGUGGUGAGUUCGUACCUAGCGCUUCUCUCCGACUGUAGUAAUCCUGAGACCCUAGAGGCAGCUGCUGGAGCUCUGCAGAACCUGGCUGCGUGCUAUUGGCAGCCGAGUAUAGAUGUAAGAGCUGCAGUCAGAAAAGAAAAAGGAUUACCCAUACUAGUAGAACUUCUUAGGAUGGAAGUAGAUCGGGUGGUGUGUGCGGUGGCCACAGCCCUCCGCAACUUGGCCAUAGAUCAGAGGAACAAAGAACUGAUAGGUGAGAUGGUUUUUUCUUUCCGGGGGGGGGUGCGUGCUAACUCUCCAACUGCCAAUAAUACACUAAAUCGUCCAAUGGCCUCGCAGGGGGGAACCCGUUACGAAGACAGGACGAUCCAGCGGGGGCAAGGAAAGGCCCACCACCAGUAUAAUCGGGUCAGUGAUCGGAUGCACCAAAGGAGAUAUGGAAGCAGAUGGUUUGUGACUGUUCCAAUUCUCAAUGAUUGGCCAAUAACUACACUGAUGCAUGACUCAUCUGGUGCACUUACUGUGUUCUCAGUUUGUGAAGAAUUUUGUAAUGAGUUCACCCCCCCUCUGUACACCCACUGCGCUGUACAUGGUCGGGUCAUCACUGUGCAAUUUAGGCAACACAGAGACACUAGUACAUUCACAAGCUUGAAAUCUUAUCAUAAUUUACUGAAGGGUAAGCCUGGUGAACCAGUCUACGCCAAGGUGAACAGAGACAAGAAACGCAACCGACAGUAUGACAGCAUGGGUCCCCAGUAUGGAACGCUGGGGGGAGCUGAUGACUGGGGUGGACCUGUUUACUCUGGAUCUCCAGCGGCCUCUCCCAACUUCAACAACAGCCCUAGCAUGAACAACAACAACAGCAAUGCGAACAACAACAACAACAAUGGCAUCCUGCUAGAUAAUACGGCGGAUGGCCAGGCUGGAGAUUCAUGGGUGUGA